AUGGAUCCCUCACUGACGUCGCGCCAUCCAAAUCCGAUGCUGAACAGCAUCGACGACAAUAUGUUGAAUUCGCAAUUAUUAGGAGAUAUUAAAAAUGAAUCAUCGUUGGGCGGAGCAGCAACAGCACCGAUCAACGUGCACCUGCCAAUGCAGCUUAACAUGCUGAACUUCAGGCCGAUCAAUCCCCAACAGCUGCCUUCCGUACAUCAUCUGACGUCUACAUCGUUGCCGGUUUCGGUACCAAUGGAUUACAGUAUCCACAAUGAGACGCCAAAUGUUGCUCAUCCGCAGUACAUUGUCACCACUCAACCGGAUAUGAUGUUACCGCAAGGCAUCGGCUAUCAGCAUCACGGG